ACCAUGUUUUAUGGUGUUUUUACUUAAUUAGCAAUCUUUUCUUCACAUGACGUUUCAACUUGAUCUAAAUGCUUUCAGUACUUUCUUAAAUGGCUCGUAAGAAACAAGUCGAAUCAUCAGAUGAUGACAGUGACUUCGAUUCAGGUGAAGAAAAGAAGAAGAAGAAACCAGCUAAGAAGAGGUUGCCUUCGCCAUCAAAAACACCGCCAGCUCCAAAACGAAAGCAAGCAAAGCUAGGCACACCAAAGGCGGGUGCGACCAGCAGAAAAGAAUCGGAGAAAGAUGCUGGAGACAUAUCCGAUGAUGAAGACGAGUUUGUCGAAAAUUAUGAGAACGAAGAUCUGCUACGGAUGGUGAUUCCACCAAGGCCUCAACCCUGCAUGAAACCUGAUGGAUCCGGAGCAAGGCUUGUGAUAAGGGAAAUUGUUGCUACUAAUUUCAAAUCAUUUUAUGGUACUCAACAUAUUGGUCCUUUUCACAAGAAUUUCUCGGCGAUUAUUGGUCCGAAUGGUUCCGGGAAAAGUAAUGUUAUUGACUCGUUACUAUUUGUGUUCGGUUACAAGGCUUCCAAGAUUCGUUCUAAGAAGCUAUCUGUCCUCAUACAUUCUUCGAGGCAGCAUGACGAUAUCAACAGUUGCACCGUGGAAGUGUUCUUCGAGCAAAUCAUCGAUAAGGAUGGCCAUUUCGAAGUCGUCCAAGGCAGUGAGUUCAGUGUCGCUAGGACUGCCUAUAAAACUAACAACAGCGUGUAUGCUUGGAAUGGCAAGACGAUGUCUAUAAAAGAAAUCGCUGGUCGAUUAAGGGACUUCGGUAUCGAUCUUGUACAUAAUCGCUUUUUGAUCCUUCAGGGUGAAGUGGAACAGAUUGCCAUGAUGAAGCCAAAAGGUGAGAGUCCUCAUGAAGAAGGAAUGCUUGAAUAUCUGGAAGAUAUCAUUGGUUCUAGUCGCUUUCGGCAUCCCAUCGAGAAGUUGAAUGCUAAAGUUGACACUUUGAAGGAACAGCGAACGAACGCAUUACAAAGGGUUCGCGCUGCUGAGCGAGAUAGAGCUGCUCUGGAGGGUCCGGUACGUGAGAUGAUUUCAUAUCUCAAAGCGGAGAAUCAUGCAGUGCUUCUGAGAAAUCAACUUUACCACAUCAAAUUGUACCAAUUUUUGGAAGAGAUUGAUGUGGUGCAGCCCCUUAGAGAUGAAGCAUACGAAAAGAAGAGUGCAGUUGACAAAGCACUGAAGGAUGUUAAGGAUGCGAGAGAAGCAGAUAACGAUCGUUUAGAAGCUGCGCAAAGGGAUCUGGCAAAAGUAAAUGCGGAGGAAAAAGCAACUCGUGAUGAGAUUGGUGCUCUGGAAAGAGCCUCCAAAGCUCGAACAAAUACGAUAAAGAGGAACGUUGCGGAUAUCGUUCGUGUUGCUGAUGAGAUUGAAAAGGAAAAGCAAAAGAUGGAAGAGCUGAAGGGUGUACCUGCUAGAGCUGCUGCACGACUUGAGGUGCUGAAGGCAUCUAUCGCUGAACUCAACGAACUUGAGCGUGACAAUAUCAAGAAGGCCGACGACAAUCGUGACAAGUUUGACCGAAAAGCAGGACCGGAAAAAGCCGAGAGGGCGAGACUUGAAGAAGAAAUGGGAGUUCUUGUCCUGAAAGAAGUAGAUGCGAAAAACAAGAUCCACAUCGCAAAAGAAGCGUUAAAGAAUAUGACACAUGAGGAAACCAAGCUACGAAAACGGCUCACGGACUUCCAAAACAACCUUAGUACUUGGAAGGAAGACUUAGAGAAGAAAACGAGUGAAAUGAAUGAGCUCAAAGUGUCGCUGCCGAAGGUACAAGAUGAUUUGGCGCAAGCCAGGGCUUCUCUUCCACUCAUCAAAGAAAAGGAAGAUAAACUCAUGGAGGAGGUCAAUGUUCUUCGUACUAAAGUUUCCGAAGACAAGCAGUUAGUGUCUUCUGGAAUAGCUGGAACCGAACGUCAAAAGGCACUGGCCAAGGCGAAAGCUGAAGGAUUGCUGAAAGGACUUAUUGGCAGACUGGGUGAUCUUGGCACUAUUGACAAGAAAUAUGAUGCUGCGAUCUCAACGACUACUGCUGCUUUGGAUUCAUAUGUAGUUGAAACUACAAAUGACGGUCAUGAAGCUAUUGACUAUCUUGUAAAGAGAAAUCUUGGCCGAACUAACUUUAUUAUAUUGGAUAAAACGAACGAGUUUAGGGACAGCAUGGAUACGAAAAAGAAGUUCCCCGCUCCUCGCUUAUUCGAUCUCAUUGACAUACCCGACCCACGGCUUCGAAAAGUAUUUUAUUCGACUGUAUUCGAUACAUUGGUAGUGGACACGCUCAAGGAAGCAACUGAUCUCUCUAGGAAAGACCGAUCAUUACGUAUCGUGACCCUCCUCGGUCAGGUCAUCGAUAGCUCAGGAACAGUUUCUGGCGGAGGAGCUCCAAAAUAUGGGUUAAUGGGUAACAAAGAGAAGGGACAAGCUGAGAUUGCGAUACGUGAAGCGCAGUCAAGGCUGCCGGCGAUGAUCAAAGAGUUGGAUGAGAAGAACGAGAUGUUGGCGGAGACUUCCGCAAGUUGUCGGCAGAUCGAACAGAAGAUAUUCGCUCUAAGCAAUGAUGCGAACAGGCUGCGAGCACAGUAUAAUGCUUGCGACAAUGAGAUUUUGAAGCUAACCGAACGUAUUGGGCACAUGGAAAAGCAAGUUGUAUAUGUUAACGAUCAGCUUCAAAAUAACCUCGCAGAUGAAGCGGAGGUUGCUAGCAAGAAAGCAGAGAUAGAGGCUGCCACUGCAGAGCGAGAAGAGUGUGCCAAGGAAGUUGCUGCUGCCAAAGCUAAAGUAGAUGUUGUUGCUGCAAAAGUGAAAUCGAUUUUCCAUGAGUUUGUGCAGAAAUAUUUGGAUGAGGCAGAUACUGCAAAAAAGCGACGGCAGGAGAUUGAAGAGCAAGCCGUCAAGGAACGAGUCAGCAUUGAUCUCAACGAACAUAAUAUCGAAAAGGUGCAAAAUAGAAUCAAAUUUCUCGAAAAGCAAUUGGCUGACAAAAAGGCCAAGGAGCAGAAACUCGCCGAAGAGGAGGAGAAUUUGCCAAAAUUGUUACAUCAGGCAAAAAAUACGCAAUCCGAACUCAGGGUAAAAUGCGGAGAGCUGGAAGAAUUCAUAAAGAACACGAGGCAGCGAAGAGAAGAUUUUAAUCAAGAUGAACUGAAGUUCCUGAGGGAACAGAAGCAAUGUAUCGAAGAAUUGAACGAAAAGGAAGCAACUCUCAAGGGACUGAGGAACGAAGUAGAGAAGCUGAAAAGACAAGUUGAAGCGCUAACUUUGCAUCAAACGCAGGAGUUCGAUGUUAUGCCCAAACAAAAAAAGCCCGCCGAAGACGAUCCUAUGGACUCUUUCGAAAACUUGUCAUUGAUAGACCACCCGCAUGAGAAGAGAGACAAAAAGACCAAGAAGAAGGGCACCGACGAAGCGGAAGAAUAUUUGGAAUCAGCAGAUGGAACGGUGCCAAAAUUGACGAAGGAAGAAGUGGCGGAACUGAAUAGGGAUGACAUAAAGUUCAAACUGACUAAUAUCGAACAGAAGCAGCUCUCAUCCCGAACGGAUAUCAAUAUGCAUAUAAUAAAGGACUACAAAACAAAGUUGGCAAAGCUAGAGACUGAGCGAAGUGCGCUAGAUGCUGCCAGAGAAACUAUGGAGGAACAUAUGGUUGUGCUUGAUAAUAUGCGGAGAGACCGACUGGUUGAAUUUAUGGAUGGUUUUGAGAAAAUCGGGCUUGGCCUGAAAGAGAUGUACCAAAUGUUAACGCUGGGAGGAGAUGCGUCUCUUGAUCUCAAAGAUUCCAUGGACCCUUUCACGCAAGGGAUUCAAUUUAUGGUUCGCCCUCCAAAGAAGUCUUGGAAGCAAAUUGAGAAUCUUUCUGGUGGCGAGAAAACGCUGGCAUCGCUAUCUCUCGUGUUCGCUCUUCACCAUUAUAGGCCGACACCUCUAUAUGUCAUGGAUGAGAUCGAUGCUGCACUAGAUUUUAGGAAUGUGUCAAUCAUCGCUCACUAUAUAAAGGAUCGUACUAAGAACGCUCAGUUCAUAAUCAUUUCGCUGCGUAACAACAUGUUCGAGCUUGGAGAUCGUUUGAUAGGAAUCUAUAAGACCUUUGAUCGCACUCAGUGUGCCGUCAUUGAUCCAUCUCAAGUGCAAAAUGUCCAGGAAGAAUGUGCACGUCGGGAUCAAGAGGUACUGACAAAGGACAGCUCUCCGUCAGAUGAGGAUAUGGAUGAUGAAGAUGAUCUCACACCCGCCAAGAAUGUGCAACGACGGCGAGUGUCAUUCUUACACGGUGAAAAUAAAGAGAAUCGGGUAUCUCAUGCGUCUCGUGCAUCUCGUGCGUCGCAUCUGCCUGCCAUUGCUGAAGAUCGCGAAGCUGAGGUUUCUUGAUUUCGCAUAGCAGGACUGAAGUUAUGUUGAUGAAUUGAACAAAGUCUUCAGCCAAUGUAUUUAAUAGAGUUGUAAACAGAAGAAGAAGUAACGGGUGGAGUCUGUAGCUAAUACAUAAAUAAAAAUGA